AGUUGUAAUGAUAAAGAAAAACAUACUCAAAUAAUUGCAAUUAUUGAAUCAUCAUUAAAUAUUGGAGCUGUUAUUGGCUAUCUUCUUUGUACAUUUGUUUUUGAAUUACAUGCUAAAAUAUGGCUUAUAUUACUUGUUCAUGUUCUUUUAUUAGUACUUGCACUUUUUAUAAGUCUUGUCUUCUUACGAACUCGAGUAGAAAUUGAUUCAUCAUCAUUUAAUCUUUGGAUGAAAAUUAAACGUCCAUUUAUUGAUAUUCGUGAUUUAAUUAUUGAUCUAAAAAAUAAUCAUUUAAUAAUAUCAUUUUUUAUUUUACUUUUAUCACUUUUUUUCUAUGAACUUUUUCGUAUGGGUUCAUCAUCAAUUUAUUAUUUAUAUUUACAUCGUAUGUCAUUUAAUGAUACGCAAUAUGCAACUUAUUUUACUUGUGAACAAAUAGCAAUAUGUUUAGCAUUGAUUUUCUUAGCAUUAUUAAGACGACAAUGGAAAAUUAAUGAUUUGUAUUUAUGUAUUAUUGGUUUAUGUCUUUCAUUAAUUGGUCCUUUUUUAUUUGCAUUUGCUCAAAAUAAUAAACCAAUGAUUUUUGCAGCAAUUCCUUCCAAUAUGUUUGCUGUGUAUUUUCCAGUAUGUUUAAGAGCAGUUAUUGCUCAUUUAGUGCCUACAAGAGAUAAAGGCAAAGCAUUUAGUUUCGUUGCAUUAAUUCAAAAUCUUGAUAUUUUAUUGGGUACUAUUGUUUGUAUUCAAAUUUAUCGGGCAUCGAUUAGUUUUUUUGCUGGUCUUGUUUUUAUUAUUGGUGUUGUUACAAGAUUAAUUGCAUUAAUAUUAAUUCUUAUACAAGCAUUUUGUAUUAGUCAUAAACCAGAAUUAUCAGUAAUUGUACCAUUGAAUAUAGUUGAAAAUCCGCUUUUAGAUAUUCAAUCAAAUAGUGACGAUGAAUUACUUUCAUAA